UUUACAAGCUAUGCCAUCUCACAACAUUUCCUCCAUAGUUUUCGCUGCUGUGAAGUAGCUGUAACCAAAAAACGAGAAGGUAAGACAUGAAGCUGCUGUUGUUGCCGUGUCGGUUUUUUAAACAUAUUGAGUGUUAACCUCGCUGAGAAGUUGUGUGAUGGUGUCAGUCUGGGAGGGACAGGUGUGGCUAGCUGGACGGCUAACUGAGCACUUAGCUCGCUUAAUUACUCUUAAAGUUAACCAUAAUGUAUUUUAAUAAGCUAAAUAAGAUGUUAGUAGUUAUAUAUAUAUAUCAAAUACACUGAUAGCAAUAACGUCAGCCCUUGUCUACAUAAAUGAGGAGCUAUAAGCAGCAUAGUAAAGGUGUCACGCAGAUAACAGUAAUGGUUGUUUAGCGUUGAUUCAGGUCACUGGUUCCCAACCUUUUUUGGGGCUUUUGACCCAUUAAAAUGACACAAAAUAGUUAAAAGUAGACGUUUAAGUUCACCACAGCCCAAUGUCUUUAAAAUCUCCAUCAUGUGCCACAAACAACAGCAAUAAAUCAACACAUUUGAGAAGCUGAAACAUUUUUGCUUAAAUAUGAGUAAAACGACCAUUAAAUGACGCAUUCAUCUAUAGAUAGACUAAUUGAUGAAACCUUGCAGCUCUGUUUAGUUUUAUUUGAUUAAGUUUUAGAGGCUUGAAGAGGUGAAACUAGGGCUGAGCAAUAUAAUCAGUGUCAUAUCAAUAUCCUGAUAUGAGAUCAGAUAUAGUGGUAUUGUGUAAGUGUUGUCUUUUCUUGGUUUUAAAGGCUGCAUUGUAGUGUAGUGAUUUUCUGAACUUACCACACUGUAUCCCUUCUACUAUUUAGUUAUUACAUCCACAUCCAAAUGCAGCAAAAUUGGAGGAAAGCUUGAUUAAUAAUAUCACAAUUUUGAUUCCAAAAUACAUUUCCUGUUCCUGUAACCUAUCCUGUCCUAUCAUUUCCUGAUGGCAUUGAUGAAUCCAAAACUCCAGGUUGGGAACCACUUGUGUAGGUGAUGUGACCGGGUUACUAUUAGAAGUAGUGUUGCUUACUUAUUUUUACAAUAAUACAGAUGGCAGCUAUUCAAACAUAGUCUUCAGUCAUCUGUGUGUGUGUGUGUGUGUGUGUGUGUGUGUGUGUGUGUGUGUGUGUGUGUGUGUGUGUGUGUGUGUGUGUAUGUCUGUAGUUGGGAGCGUACACACUGUUUCCAUGGCCGUCGGCUGAUGUGCGAAGCGAUGCGGCACCACUGGCUGCUCCUCGGGGCUUGCGGCUGGGUGCUGCUCAUCCUUAUGUUUGUCAGCAAGUUCAUCAACUUCAGAGCAGUAGAUGACUAUGGAGAGAGGGCUGUUGGUCAGAGUUGGACAGUGUCAGGAACCAAAGUGGUGAAGCUUAUUCCAGCGUCCAGACCAGAAAAAAACGCUCCAAAGACAUCAGACCAGCCUUCAGUUCCACCUACAGGGGUAGACUGGCAGUCAGUUGCUGACAAGCGAAUUGAGCUGCUCUCAACUGUAUGUAAGAACAGCAGCCUCAGGAAUUUGACUCACGUCUCCAUCAGCAAGUUUGUCCUGGACCGCAUCUUUGUCUGUGACAAACAAAAGAUCUUGUUCUGCCAGACGCCUAAAGUGGGGAACACACAGUGGAAGAAGGUCCUCAUUGUGCUUAAUGGAGCAUUCACCACUGUGGAGGAGAUCCCAGAAAACCUUGUUCAUGACCAUGAGAAGAAUGGCCUGCCCCGCCUGUCAUCACUCACUCCACAGGAAAUUACUCACAGAUUAAACACUUAUUUUAAGUUUUUCAUCGUGAGAGAUCCCUUUGAGCGGCUGAUUUCUGCAUUCAAGGACAAGUUUGUAAAGAACCCACGCUUUGAACCUUGGUACAAGCAUGACAUUGCUCCAGCCAUCAUCCGUAAAUACCGCAAAAGCCAUCGUGACAGCGACCUCACAGCCUCUGGCCUGCACUUUGACGACUUUGUCCGUUACUUGGGUGACGUGGAAGGCCGAAGGCGCAUGGACCGGCAGUUUGGUGAGCACAUCAUCCACUGGGUGACUUAUGCAGAGUUGUGUGCACCAUGUGAGAUUCACUACAGCGUGGUAGGCCACCACGAGACACUGGAGCAAGACGCCCCGCACAUCCUCAAAGCAGCAGGCAUUGACCAGCUGGUGUCCUACCCUGCCAUUCCUCCGGGCAUCACACGCUACAACAAGACCAAGGUGGAGCACUACUUCUCAGACAUCAGCAAGCGGGACAUCAGACGUCUGUAUGCACGUUACCAGGGCGACUUCCGUCUGUUUGGCUACCCGAUCCCAGAGUUUCUACUGAACUAAAAUAAUUAACACUAACUAAAAGACAUGUUUUCAUAUCAAAUCCUCUCGACAUCUUGAGACGAAGGUGUACUGUAGCUGACCGUGUGCCACAGAACUGGUUGGUACUCAGUAAAUGACACACUGUAACGUCUUUGUUCUUAUUUUAGCCAUUUGUGCAGGAAUAACUGAAUAACUGGUUGUUGCUACGUUGGCUGUAUUUGAAAUGACUGAAAACGUGCUGCAUAUUUAACUAUUUUUAUGGCGUGGGUUUCUAAUGAUACUGACAAAAUAUAGUGAUGGGAGAAAGGAAGUGUUGAGAUGUGAACACCGGCAGCUGCAUUUACCUCAACAGCCAACAUUUACCAAUUAACAGAGUCAAACAGUGAGAUUGAGCUGCACAAUUGAUCAAUUUGUUGUUGAUGGUGGAAAAGAGGGUCAAUAAGAUGGUCAAAUGGAGAACACUUUUCUUCCUUAUAUUUAAUGUUUAUGACUGAAUGACACUUACAUGUCAGAUAGGUACUCUGUAGUGCCGUUGAUACAGGCCCGUUACCCUGUAUUGUAGCUGUUACAUUGCACUGUAUGGAUCACCAGUUUCUAAUGGUUUAUCCUAACAUGGAAAGCUAUGGACAAUGCCAUGCGUUAUGACGUGUUGUGUCUUCUCGACACAGGUAAAGAUAAUGUGUAUCAGGGAUGCUAACAUUUUUGGACAAGGACGAUCAAUGGCAAGAAUAUAAAACUGACUCAUUGAUAUUUUAUAACAUACAAAUCAACUUUCUACCUUUUUUUUAAACAAUUGAUAUUUCCAUAAUGCAAGGCAUAUUGUUGUCUUGUAGAAACGUUGUUAAACAGCAUCAAGAUGGUUGAAAUUAACCGAGACCCUGAUGAAUAUUGUAGAGAGGGCCCAGCCUUGUUCAGUACUGAUCCAUAAGAAGAAAAUGUAUCGACUGCUUUUGACUCUAUUCAUUCAGCUGUUAACAGCAAUGGGACAUUUGAAGUACAUUGGAUUUUAAAGGAUUAUUUUUUAUCCUCUGUCACAGAUGUUAUUGUGUAAUGUAUGUACGUAUGUUCUUAACAUGACUUGCAACUCCCAACAUUUGUAUUACAUGUUGCUAUUUAUAAUGUUAUUAACCUGCUGACUAGUGGCACAAACAGUGUCUCAGCUGAAAGACAGUACUGCCUCCAUGCAACCUCCUGGUGACCUUUUUGGACAGGUGGUUGCAAUACAAGAACACUAGUUAGUAAUAAAGUUCCAUGUAAAAUAACAGAAUGGUGGUAAUUUGCUGCUUUCACAUCUGCUUAUGUCAAUUAUUACAUUUUUGUAGAUUUUCAGAGUUCGCUCUCAGAAAUGUCGGGUUUUUUCAGUCCUAUUAAUUUACUGACUUAUUUUUUAAUGAUUCAUUUGAGGAAAUGUUAGAAAGUGCAGCCAGGAAUCAGCAGUUAGAUUCAAGCAUGGGCCAGUUUUUUUCAUUGUUAUUCAAUAGGAGGACCACCGUAUCACAAGUGUGGUGAAAACACAGGCCUGUAUUUUUCCAAUAUUAUUCCAAUAAUAUUAGACUUUAUUCACGUGCCAAAUCUUUUUGCUGGAGGGCCAAAUUUAGCCAACAGGCUGUUAUUUACCUCCCACUGCCCUUAACCACAGUACCAGUCAAAGGUUUGGACACACCUUCCCAUGACUGAC